GGCCGCCACAUUUCAAUUUUGUUACUUUCUAUCGUCGGUUUAACCACUCUUGGGCAAACAGACUACAGAUUAAACUCAUUUCUUUUUUUGUUUAUCCAUCUCGUUGUCUGUAUUAACAUUUAAGUAUUUCUCAACAUGACGGAGGAGUUAAUUGUGAAAUUUCAAUCGCUUGGAAUGAGCGAACAAAAAGCUAAAGAAACGGCCAAAAAUGCAAAUGUGAGUAAAAAUUUACAACUGGCCUUGGAACACUGCAAGGGGGCAUCCUUGGGCGAUGGUGUGGGAAUGCUACUGUAUCAUAUGGCCACAAAAAUAAAACCUCAAUGUGCUGAGCAUAUGCCCUUGCUGGUACGUUAUAUUGUGGAGAAAAAAUUGGAUACCACAAUGCGGAUAGAUGCCGCUUUGGAGUACAUAUUGAAGAGUGCGGUACAGAAAAAGAGCCAAGCCAUUGAUAUGGCCGAGCUUGACAAGGAAUGUGGUGUGGGUGUGGUGGUAACACCCGAAGAAAUUGAAAAUGUUGUGCAGAAACAAGUGGCUAAGUACAAGGAUGCAUUGUUAGAGCAGCGUUAUCAUUUUAACUCUUUUAAAAUCAUGCAGGAAGUAAGGGAACAAUUGAAAUGGGCCGAUGCCAAGAGUGUGAAGGCUGCCAUCGAUGUUGAAAUCUUUGACUUGCUUGGACCCAAAACCGAGGAAGAUUUGAAGCCAUUGGCAAAGGGAGAUAAGAAGAAGGAAAAGCCUAAGAAUGUAGAAAGCAAAUCAAGCGGUGGCAAGGCUGCUGCUGCAGGGAAAGAUGAUGAAACAGUUUCCGAUGGAGCCAAUACCAUAGCCGAACUAAUGAAGACUAAGGUUCAUUUUCAUGCUCCUGGUGAAAAUUACAAGACUGAUGGCUAUGUGGUCACAGACAAUACCGAACGUUUAUUAAGAGAGCACCUGAAAGCCACUGGCGGACGAGUGCAGACACGUUUCCCUCCCGAGCCAAAUGGUAUUCUGCACAUUGGCCAUGCCAAGGCAAUUAACAUUAACUUUGGUUAUGCCGCUGCCCAUAAUGGCGUUUGUUAUUUGCGUUACGAUGACACGAAUCCUGAAAAAGAAGAGGAAAAAUUCUUUGUUGGCAUUAAAGAUAUGGUAGAAUGGUUGGGUUAUAAACCGUACAAAAUCACCCACUCCUCCGAUAACUUCCAACAGCUGUACGAAUGGGCUGUUGUUCUCAUACGUAAAGGCUUGGCAUAUGUCUGUCAUCAGACAGCAGAUGAAAUGAAGGGUUUUAAUCCAAAACCCAGUCAGUGGAGAGAUCGCCCUAUUGAGGAGUCUCUGCAACUCUUUGAAGAUAUGAAAAAUGGCAAGAUCGAUGAAGGAGCCGCAACGCUGAGACUCAAAGUAACAUUAGAAGAAGGAAAAGUGGACCCAGUGGCAUAUCGCAUAAAAUUCAUUGCUCAUCACCGCACGGGCAAUAAGUGGUGCAUAUACCCCACCUAUGACUACACACACUGUCUAUGUGAUUCUUUGGAAAAUAUUACUCACUCUUUGUGCACAAAGGAAUUUCAAUCAAGAAGAUCGUCCUACUACUGGCUGUGCAAUGCUUUGGAUAUCUAUUGCCCGGUGCAAUGGGAAUAUGGACGUUUGAAUAUGAACUAUGCCUUGGUGUCUAAACGUAAAAUAGGAAAACUUAUUACCGAGAAAAUUGUUAACGAUUGGGAUGAUCCACGCCUAUUCACAUUGACUGCUUUGAGAAGACGAGGUUUCCCCGCCGAAGCUAUCAAUAACUUCUGUGCCCAAAUGGGUGUUACCGGAGCUCAAAUAUCUGUUGAUCCUACCAUGUUGGAGGCUUCAGUGAGAGAUGUACUAAACGUUACAGCCCCAAGGCGUUUGGUUGUUAUUGAACCUUUGAAAGUUACUUUAGAAAAUUUCCCUCAUGCUGCAGCUGUUGAAAUUGAUGUGCCCAACUUCCCGCAAAAUCCUGAUUUGGGUUCACACAAAAUGAUAUUGGAUCGUGUUGUGUACAUCGAACAAAGCGAUUUCAAAUCAGAUCCCGAAAAAGGCUAUAGACGCUUAGCUCCUGGCCAAUCGGUGGGCUUGAGACAUGCAAAUUUGGUUAUAACUCUAAAAGAGGUAAAAAAGAAUGCUGCUGGUCAGGUUUCUGAACUUGUGUGUGAAUGCCAACCUACUGAAACGGCAGAAAAGCCCAAAGCGUUUAUACAAUGGGUUUCACAGCCGAUACAGAUCGAAGUACGGCUUUACGAGUUGCUGUUUAAACACAAAAACCCCGAGGAUCCCAAUGAAGUUCCUGGGGGAUUUUUAUCCGACAUCAGUCCUAAUUCGAUGAGCACAAUGCAAUCGUUUGCAGAUCGGUCGUUGGCCAACUGCAAGGUAUUUGAUAAAUUCCAAUUUGAACGUAUUGGUUUCUUUUCGGUAGAUCCGGAUACUACUAAGGAAAAAAUUGUCUUCAACCGCACUGUGGGCCUUAAGGAAGAUGCCGGCAAGAAAUAAUUUGAAUGAUAGAUUGCAAGUUUUUUAAAAACGUCCUAAUUAUUAAAAAUGGAUUAUAUUCUUAAACGAGGUGACAAAACAGAUUUCUAGUGAACUGAAAUUAGUUUUGUGUACUAAAAAAUAAAUAAAAUUUAAAAAAUAAAAAAAAAAUUUACUAUUCUUAUUUGAAACAA